GCGCCGCCGCAUGCGUGCCCUACACUGCUGCAGGCCCUCUAACGCAGCCUGCAGCAGCAGCAGCAACAGCAGCAGCAGCAGCAGCAGGGGCGAGUGGCGCAUCAUGCGGUCUGAUAGAUGCGCAGGAGGAGGUGUUGGAGGUUCGGCUGCUGUUCGUGCUGCUGCUGCUGCUGCUGCUGCGGCGGCAGCAGCAGCAGCAGCAGCAGCGGCUGCCCUACACGCAGGACCACUGGUUCGCCCCUGGCAGCAGCUCCCCCAGAGCCGAAGGGGGCCCCCUGACCACUGAGGAAGUUGCUGCCAGCAAACCCAGCAGCAACAGAAGCGGCCUCCUAGAUUCCUCCAAAGUUCGGCAGCACCUGCUGCAGCACCUGCCGCAGCUGCUGCAGCUGCUUCGCUGUGAGCACCAGCCUCAGCAGCACCUGCAGCAGCUGCAGCAACUGCAGCAGCAGCAGCAGCAGCAGCAGCAGCAGCAGCAACAGCAGCUAGACAACGACGACUCUGUUGCGGCGUUUGAGAUGGAGGCCCUCGAAGCCUUCUUAGACAGUGACAGCCCCGAAGGCCUUUCCGCUGCGACUAGUGGAGACAAACAACAGCAGCAGCAGCAGCAGCAGCAGCAGCGGCUGAACCCCUUCAUACUCUUGCCUAAAGGAUACCUUAGACGCCUGCUCUUCUUCCCAGGCCGCUGCAGCUCGAGUGCAGCUCUGAGAGACACUUUCCAGCAGCGGGCGACGCUAGGCCCAGCUCAGAUCUUGCGGCUCUCUUCGUGCAGCAAAUCGGACAUCUUUGUAUCUCGGCCGGUGGAGGCGCUGUUUCUAGAAAACCUCUCGAGCUGCUCCGUCGUCGCUCCAGCUGUUUUUGGUCCUGUCUUUAUUCGCGGCUGCUGCGAGCUGCUGCUGCACUCGCGGGCUUCCUCAGUGUUCGUGGAAAACACCCUGGGGGCAGAACUUUUUGUGGCUUGCUGCUUUCCCCCUCUUCUCCUUGGAGACAGCAGGGGCCUUUCCCUUGGCCCCUACAAUGUCAUUUGCCAGCCGCUGCAGCAGCAGCAGCAGCAGCAGCAGCAGGAGCCGCAGCAGGAGCUGCUGCAGCAGGAGCUGCAGCAGCAGCUGCAGCAGCUGCAGCAGCAGCAGCAGCAGCUGCAGCAGCAGCAGCAGCAGCAGCGGCCAGAUGGGAUGCGCGAUUCUGCUGCUUAUGCCCCGUAA